AUGUUGGAACAAAAAAUUGGUCAAGAAAACCAAUUUGGUGACUGGAAAAUCAUGAGUGACAGACAAAAGGGUUUGAAAGAGGGUGUGAAGGUUGUCUUCCCUAAUGCUGAGCAUAAAUUCUGCUUGAGGCACUUAUAUGCCAACUUCUCAGCUGCUGUUUUCAAGGGUACUCAUCUAAAGCAACUCAUGGAUAGAGCAUCAUAUGCAUAUAGAGAGUAUGAUUUUAAUCAGGCUAUGGAAGAGAUGAAGCAAAUGAACCUAAGAGCAUACAAAUGUGACAAAAGAGAUGGUGCACAAAGGGAUACAUGGGUCAAUUCUCCAAAUUACAAGAAAAGACUAGAGUUCGAAAAGACACUUGCUUUAGUUUGCAAGGUUGUGUGUGCUGGACAUGGCAUAUGGCAAGUCACCUGCGGAGAUAGCCAGUAUGUUGUUGAUCUAGACAAUAGGAAAUGUGGAUGCUACAAGUGGUAUGUCACUGGAGUGCCUUACUAUCAUGGUGUAGCUGCUAUCCACCAGUUCAAGCAUAGACCAGAAGACCACAUGUCACCUUACUUCACUAGGGAAAAAUACAUAGCUGCUUAUGAGGGGAUGAUCAUGCCUGUGCCUGACAAGACACAGUGGGUUCAAACUAAUUUUCUUGAUGUUGAUCCUCCUCUAUACCAUGCUCAGUCUGGAAGACCAAAGAAGAAGAGAGUCAAGAGUAAGGGUGAAGUUUCAGUUCCAGAGAGAGCUGCAAAGAAACUGGAAAUUAGAUGUUCCAACUGCAAGUUGUAUGGUCACAAUGCUGCAAGAGGUUUACCAACAGCUAGCAAAUCUGAAGAUCAAUCAAGUGCACAUGGGACACAUCAUACUUCUCAGCCUAGUCAACAUUCACAUGCUAAUGCAACUCAAGGCCCUGCUUUCAUGAACAAUGAUCAAGGCUUUGGCUACUACCAUGAAGUCGAAGGAGGUCUAGAAAUAGUGCCAAGGAAGUACUUCCCGCUAGUCAAAAGUGCUUCUAAUUGCUAG